AUGGACGUCGACUCCAACCCCGCCCAGCAGCGCACUUCACGAAAACACUUGCGCAGCAGUGACGAGGAGGAGGAUGUGCCGGACUGGAGUUCGGAUAUCUCCGGUCGCUUCGACGAUGCCGCCGAGGAGCCCGAGCUGGAAGAUUACAAGUCGCCUUCAGCCAAGUCCGUGAAACGGCGCCGUUCCAACGAUUGGCCUCUACCCGAAGAGGCUGCGGAUUAUGGGCACCACGAUCGCCGACACGUUCGCAAUGGGCAUGCACCCGGAGGCCCUGCAUGCGGAUAUCGAGCAUCACCGCGGGCAUCGCCUCGUACUUCUCUCGCCUCAUUGCGUGGUCGGCAUGGAGGUGCAUCGACUAAUAGCCCUCGUAUGAGGCUCGGUCGACGGUCGCGAUUCGUCGAGGCGACUAUGUCUGAUAGUAUCAGCGAGAAGCCUCCGAGUAUCUUCAUGCAUGAUGGUAAACCUGCUGGACCGCGGCAACGGCAAUCUGGGAUCUUUCGAUUUGGCAAGGCGAUCGCCUCGGCGUUUAAUCCGUUUGGGGGUUGGGGUAAGAGCGCUGCAGAGAGUGCCAACCCGCAGCCUCCCAAGGAUGCUCUCAGCCAGGCGGAGGAGGCUUAUGCUGAACUCAAGAAAGCCGGUUACAAGGGCACCAACAAGGGUGCUUAUCUGCAGAGUCAGAAUAAUGCCAAUAGCCGCUGUGCGGUUGAUCCGACCCAUGCCGACCAGACAUGGCAAGCCAUUCAAGCCAAGAUGAAUUACGAUACUGGCGUGGCUGGUGCUGGUUCCUCGGGGGAUCGUGUCGAUAUCCCUACGCCUUCACGAUCUGCAUCCAAAUCCUCCAAACGCUCGUCUUUCCAGGACUUGCGUUCUUUGGGGAUUCCGUUCAUACGGCAUCAUGAUCAGUCGUCAACGACAUCAAUCUACCAAGAGCGAACAUCAGAAGAGUCGAUUGAAGACACUGGUCUCCGCAAGCAAAAGUCUCGGAAAGAACUCUCACGCCAGACGAAACUGCUCAAGAAAGUGAGCAACCUCGAAGACAAGCUGGAACGAGCUCGACGAGAGCUUCGCCAACUAUCUGGCAAUGAGGAACGGCUGCCUUCAACGACCCCAGAUCGAAAGUCUUUGAGCUUCGAUAUGGACCCUGGCAGCUACCCUCGCAAAUUCGUGCCAGGCGCUCUACCCACACUCCCCUCCGAACGACUUCUAGACCAACACGGCAUGAUCACCGAAUCGCCUGAGGCUGUCACAUCCGAACUAACCGCUUUGCCAUCUGUGGAGGGUCGAGGAAGUAUCUCGCUUGAAGAAUCACAACCGACCUACAGCACUGCUACAUCUCGGUCACCGAGCAGACGACCACGAGACAUGCGGUCAUCGUCCAUCAGUAAGGAAAGCUCUUCCCGCAAACGGAAGUCCCCCGUUCCUGAACAUCUCGAUAGUCGGACCCCGAAGCCCCAUGAGUCCCAUCUGGCGAACCGCAUCGACCUCGACGACCGCCCGCCCGACCACGAUGACGACCUGAUCGACUUUGGCCUCCUCAUCCCACCACGUCAAGCGAAAUGGCAGAAAUUUGAGGCCGGCGAUAGCCCUGGUUCCGUCGAGCGUAAGCGCAAUGUUGAAAUCUUGGCGCGAGAAGCACCAGGUUCAAUGCACAAAAGGUCCCCAUCCGCCAAUCCUCGAAGAUCCUCGCCAGCUAUCGCCCAUUCACCAAAAUCCAAGACCGUACCAACCCCUCCUCUCCUGCGCACGAGACGCGGUAAUUCCAACAUGCGCUCCGUGUCCCCUACCGCGACUACCAUUCCUGAAUCACCUGGCGCAGCGGCUGACGAUGUGUUUUCGUCGUCUCCCGUACCCACUAGAACCUUGCAUGCGUUCUAUCUACAACCGGACCCUCAACUGGAUCCCGAUCGGAGCCCGCGCGCUUCACCUACAAAAUCUAGUUCGGGUCGGAAGAGAAGGUGGCAGGAUAGCGAUAUUCCUCCUGUGCCGCCUCUCCCCAAGGAGCUUUUGAUGAAUGCUGCCAAGGUGAACGCGUCACCAACGAAGAAACCGGGCCCUGCGAAAGAGGGCGAGGGGACGCUCGAGGAGCAGUCGUCUUCUGUGCUGAACCUGCAACCUUCUGCCUUGGAGAAGUACCCGUGGCCUGAUGAUAUCUUUUGA